CUACAAUGAAUGAAGAAAUUUGCAAAAUCUGUGAAAUAACUAAAGCAAAGUACAACUGCCCGAGAUGCAACUUGAUGUUCUGUUCCGUUGAAUGCUACAAAGCCCAACAACACCUCGAAUGCUCGGAAGGCUUUUACCGGGAGAACAUCGUGGAGGAACUGGCACUUCGAAAAGCGGAAACAGAUGCCGCCGAAUCAAGCAAAACUAUGCUGGAAAUCUUACAACGGGUAGAAGAACAAACGAAUGCAAUGCAGGAUGAAGAUUCCUCGGAGGAGACCGAUUCGGUUCUACAGGAUGCAGAUCGCGACCUUGACUCGGAUGAUGAGGAACAGGAAGUACAGCUAGCAAGCCGAUUGAUGGGAAUCGAUCUGGACGAUUCGGCCAAAGUGUGGGAUAGAUUGACCGACGCGGAAAAGGAAGAGUUUCAACGAUUUCUAGAGAAUGGUGAUAUCGUAAAAAUGCUACCCGAGCCAAACAUUUGGUGGACAAAACUGUACAAGGUGGAUCUAGUGCAGGCAGCCGAGCAGCAAUCCCAGCAGGAGCAAAACAUGAUCAAGAAUUGUCCAAAAAUAGCGAAGAACAUCCCCAACUUGAGCGACCUGCUGAAAGACGCACCAUCCCCAACGGUCCGUCAUAAUAUGGCCAACGUGCUUGCGGCGUACACGUUCGUGUAUCGAUACUUUUUAGGAGAUGUCCAUGAAAGUGCAUUGGAAACAAUAGACUGUCUGCUUGGUGUGUGCAUGAAUCUUAAAAAGAGCGCCAUUUAUGAUACAGACCUGAUGGCUGUAACAUCCGUUGUUAGCGAAUGUUGUAAUGCACAGCUUCCGACGGAUAGUAAAACGUUGAGCGUACUGAAGGAAGACGUCCAGAGGCUGUUUUCUGGUCCGGAAGGAUGUAGUAAAAAGUAUAGAAGGUUUUUCCUACUGUCCGCUUUUUCGGACGUUCGUUCGCUACUGACCAAAGCCAAGCGCGAGCUAAAAGAAACGGACCAAAAAGCGAAGGAAAAUUGUGAAAAUGUAUCCACCGAGAAGAUUAAUUUAAAUGCCGGAGACCUAAAGCACGUGGAUGGCCCAUUGCUCAGAAGCUGUAUAAAGAAAAUAGAUUUUUAUCUAGCGUACGUGCGUUCGUCCCAUUUUCAACAGUCGGAUUAA